AGCCUAUCUUUUAUUUUUCUUUACAUUAUGAUUAAAUAAAUAUAAUUAGGCGGAGGGAAAGGAUAGUAUCUCUACUUAUACACACAAGGUGAGCAGAGCUUAUUUGAGUUGAGACAUACACACACACACACACAAUUUUGAGUUCCCUUAGCUAACAGUGUAAGAUGGAUCCACCAUCAAUGGUGAAAAGCUUCAAGUACAGUUCCACACAGCAGCAGCAGCAGCCCAUGUUUCCUGUCUUGGAAACUCCUCUUCAUUACAGAUCUUCUUCAUCUCCUCACACUCAUUCUCACACCAAUGCCACCACUUUUCAAGAUGCAUCUUUCUCCUCCUACCUCAAACCAAACGAUAAAAAAUCCCAAGAAAAGAUUGCGGCCUGCGUCGAAGACACGGAGAUAAGCAUCUUCGACGCCCAGCGCUAUUUCAGCGAAAACAACACCGACCCCAAACAGAUCAUGAAGAAGCAACCCAUGUCCCAUGACAUGCUCUCUGUUUCCUCCACCGACGGAUACCCCGCCCGGAAUUUCCGAACCAGGUCAUUCCACGCCACGCCCACCGCCUCCUCCGAGGCCAGCUGGAACAGCCAGACCGGCCUCCUCGCCAAUCCCCCCGGCGCCGUGGGAGUCUCUCUCAGAAACUUCAACUCCAACGAUGGGAAUAGGAGAAGCUCCGCCGCCAGGAAAUGGAGCUUCGGCCGGAAAUGCUGCUGCACUGGCAAGAAAUCUGUUGAUGUCAAGGACGCCACCACCUCCGAUUCCGAGAAUCAAGCCAAUUAUAUGUGUAGGAAUUACAAGCCGAAGCCGCUGUCUAGGAAUUGCUCAGCUAGAAAGGACGUGGUGGAAAUAGUUAGAGGUGUGGACGGUUUCCCACAGGCCGAUCCGCCACGCCAGCAGCGGAUAUCGGCCUCUGGGCGGCCGUUCGUGGACGGAGCGGGAAGUUUCUCCUUCCCGCUGCUGAACAGUAAUGCAAGCCAGGUGGUUGCUAAGCCUGUGCUGAAACCAAUCAUCACAAAGCCUAUGAAUCCGUUGGAAGAACCGCCUCGUGAUUCGCUGGAAGUCUUCCAGCCAGUCCAUGAGGCGGUGCCACCUGUCCUGCGCGUGGUGAACACGGAUGACGAUGUGGUCAGUGACGCCAGCUCAGACCUCUUCGAGAUCGAGAGCUUCUCCACUCAGACGACCUCGUAUCCGAUGUAUCGGCGCAGGGAUUCGCUCGACGAGGCUCCCGCGUUCAACGCGAGGAGAUUCGGUAACGGAAUUCAGUACGGUAGAAGGAGGAGCGUGGACGAGCCGCCGACGCCGAGCGUGGCGGGGACGGAGUGCUACGCGCCGAGCGAGGUGAGCAUCGACUGGAGCGUGACGACGGCGGAGGGGUUCGACAGGGCGAGCGUGUCGGAAAUCGGGAGGGCGGCGUUUCUACGGCAGGAGGAGGAAGGGGGGAAGAAGAAGGGGCUGCUGAUGAUGAGCUGCAGGCAGGAGAAGGCGGUGAGUGUGGGGCCGCAGCCGGUGAAGUGUGUGGAGGGGGGGCAUGUGGGUGGUAGGCCACCGAGGGCGACCGAUCAUUCGGCACGCUUGUCGGUGGCGUUUGUGGCAUGAGAAUUUGGGCUGUGUUCUCCUGCUUAUGUUCAUCUACUUUACAAUUUGUCUCCAAUUUCCUCAUUCAUCAUACCUAAAGUAGAGAUUGUGUCUCAUUCUGUAUGUUUGUUUACUUCAUUUCAAUAUAAUUUGCUUUUUCA